AGUGGACCAAAACGAUGUGGUUCGAUUGGUUGCAUGACCCAGUCAAGACCACGUGGUGUUAGCAAAUCUUGAAAUGAAGAGGCACAAUAUUUGACCUUGAAUAUAUACAAGCUAGGGACUGCGCGCAAAAGAAACAUGCACCUUCUCCCAAAACCUCUAUCCAGAAGUAUGCUCUUUCCUCAUGCAUCCUCUACAACUUUCAUGGCCAGUAUCUUCGCCUUUUUUCUGUUCAUCUUCUUUCUAUUAUGGAUAUUAAGAAGAGCCCAAAUAACUGCUCGUAAAACAACACUUCCACCACAAGCCGGUGGCGCGUGGCCUUUGAUUGGCCACCUCCACCAAUUACGAGGGACAACAGCAGCCCAUAUAACAUUGGGUAACAUGGCCGAUAAGUAUGGAUCAAUCUUCACUAUCCGGCUGGGCAUACAUCGGGCUCUGAUAGUGAGCAAUUGGGAGAUAGCAAAAGAGUGCUUCACCAUUAAUGACAAAGCCUUUGCCAGCCGUCCAAAAGCUAUUGCUCCACAACUCCUAGGCUACAACUAUGCCAUGUUUGGGUUUAGCCCUUACGGUCCUUACUGGCGCCAAGUGCGUAAAAUAGCCACCCUCGAGCUCCUAUCAAACCACCGGCUUGAGAUGUUCAAAGACAUCCGAGUGUCUGAGGUAAAUACAUCUAUAAAAGAGAUAUAUGAGGUCUGGGUCAAGAACAACAACAUGUUGGUAGAGAUGAAGAGAUGGUUUGGGUCCACAACCCUAAAUAUUUUAUUUAGGAUGGUUAUAGGGAAGCGAUUUGAUGGGACUGCAACCAAGGAUGAGAUUAAUGAAGAUAACGAUCAGUGGCAGAAGUCAGUAAGAGAUUUCAUUGAGUUGAGUGGUAGGUUUGUGGUAGCAGAUGCUCUUCCUUACUUAAGGUGGUUGGACUUGGGAGGGUACGAGAGGGCCAUGAAGCGAACUGCAAAAGAAUUUGAUGAUGUCGUUGAAGGUUGGUUAGAAGAACAUAAGCAAAGGAAAGUUUCUGGUGAGGCAAAGGGACACCAAGACUUUAUGGAUGUUAUAUUGUCUAUUGUUACCGACGACGAAGGGAUCUCUAAUUAUGAUGCUGAUACAAUCACUAAAGCUACAUGUCUGGCCCUUAUCCUAGCGGGCACAGAUACAACAACAGUAACAAUGACAUGGUCUCUCUCUUUGCUUCUUAACAACCGGGAAGCCCUAAAGAAAGCACAACAAGAGUUAGAUGUUCAGAUUGGCAGGGAGAGGCAAGUAAAUGAAUCCGACAUGAAAAACCUGGUCUAUCUCCAAGCUAUCCUCAAAGAAACAAUGCGUUUAUACCCCGCUGCACCACUCUCUCUCCCGCACGAAUCCAUGGAAGACAGCACUUUGGCUGGCUAUCACGUUCCAGUAGGCACACGACUUUUUGUUAAUCUCUCAAAGCUCCAUCGAGACCCACGUGUGUGGUCUGAUCCAAAUGAAUUUCGGCCAGAAAGAUUCCUUACAACCCAUCUGGAUGUUGACGCUAGGGGCCAGCAUUUCGAGUUUAUACCAUUUGGCACUGGCAGAAGAGGGUGCGCGGGAAUCUCUCUUGCGUUACAAGUUAUGCAACUCACACUUGCCACCUUGUUGCACGCUUUUGAAAUUACAACCCCGUCAAAUGAGCCCGUGGACAUGACUGAGAAAGUCGGAAUUACCAACAUGAAAACCACACCACUUGAAGUCCAUCUCACUCCACGCCUUCCUACCCAAGUAUACGCAUGAUUUGAUUAGAUAUUUGAUCAUUAAAAUGCAAGCUAGUAUAUAUUUUUGGGUGUACUAAUAGUACUUAUAUAUGCAUGAAAAUUGGAAUCAUGUACCAGAGUUCUUAGACAUAAAGUAUCUAAAUUAAUAUAUAUUAUGUUGUCUACAAAAAUAUAUACAAGGAUGUAUGGGCUUUGUUAAAUGGAGAGGCGUCACUGGGGCGAGCCCCUCCACGUACGCGCUUCUAGAAUCCUAAAGUGCUUAAAACCUUGUGUUAUAAAUGGUUUUUUUUUUUUUUUUUUGCAGCUGUAUUUUGUAUUCUGCCAUGCCCAACUAAUGGGCUGUAUUUUGCAAUAUCAAUGAUAAAUAAGCUACAUAGUCUUUUGUUUU